UUUCGUAAACACUGAAUGUAAAAUGGAGUAAUGCGCAGUUCUAAACAGAUUUUUUGAUACAGGAUUUUAAAUAAAAUUAAUUUUUAUAUUUCUUACAUUAUAUUUCUUAUAAUAUGAGCGAAGAUCAAGAUCUAUCCAAUGCAUGUGAAUUUAUCAAAGAACGACUCUACUUUGUUGCACUAAGAAACAAACCCAGAGAAACUUCUUCGCUUCAUUAUUUUUGUAUUGAUGACGAAUUAAUAUAUGAAAAUUUUUAUUCUGAUUUUGGUCCUCUCAAUAUUUCAAUGCUUUAUCGUUACUGUGAUAAAGUCAACAAGAAACUAAAGACCACAUCUCAAUCAAGAAAAGUUGUUGUACACUAUACAUCAUUUGAUAAUCGUAAACGAACUAAUGCUGCAUGUCUUAUUGGUUGUUAUGCUGUAAUAUAUUUGAAUAUGAGUCCUGAAGAUGCUCACAAGAUACUUGUUGAUGUUUAUAAUCCUCCAUACUUACCUUUUAGGGAUGCUUCAUUUGGUGGAUGUACAUAUAACUUAACAAUACUUGAUGUUUUAAAUGGUGUAAAAAAGGGAAUCCAACAUGGUUUUCUUGAUUUUGAACACUUCGAUCCCAUGGAGUAUGAACAUUAUGAGAGAGUGGAGAAUGGUGAUUUUAAUUGGAUACUUCCUGGGAAAUUCCUUGCACUUGCCGGACCCCAUGAAGAAACCAAGAUUUUUAAUGGUUAUCCCCAGCAUGCUCCUGAAUCGUACUUUGCAUACUUUCGCAAACAUAAUGUUAAAGCCAUAGUUCGGUUAAAUAAAAAAGUUUAUGAUGCUAAAAGAUUUCAAAAUGCUGGUUUUGAUCACUAUGAUUUAUUUUUUGUUGAUGGGAGUAUUCCAGAUGAUAGUAUUGUCAGGCGUUUUAAUGCUAUUGCUGAAAACACUAAAGGCGCUGUUGCUGUACAUUGUAAAGCUGGUCUGGGAAGAACAGGAACUUUAAUAGCUUGCUAUAUAAUGAAGCAUUAUCGAUUUACUGCAGCACAGGCAAUAGCAUGGAUUCGAUUGUGUCGUCCAGGAUCUAUUAUUGGUCCUCAACAGCAUUUUCUCGAAGAAAAACAAACAGCAAUGUGGAUACAGGGAGAUAUUUACAAAUCACGGUUAAAAUCAGAUAUACCAGAAAAUAAUAUUGAGAACAUUUUACAAGGAGUGGAUUCAAUAUCAUUACUUGAUUCAAACCAAGAUUUUAACCAUGAAAUUCCAAAGGAUAAUAGGCCUUUACGUGCAACUUAUCGCCACUUGAUUUCUGAGAGUGCAGAAACAAAUAAUAAUCUCAAGUUAAAUCAAACUGAUAGUAAUUUAAAACAACCUGAAAUUAGUCAAGGAGAUGAAUUACUUAUGUUAAAAUGGAAUCGAAAUAAUCAUUCUCAUCAAAAGUCACAUUUAAAUGAUGGUAUGUUAACACGUUCAAAAUUGCAAGCUAUACCACGGGCUACAUCACUCGGAAGCAAUGUUCAAAAAUCACGUUUAGUAAACACCCGUCGAGUUAAUAGAGCUUCUACUAGCCAUCACUUAUUAAGAUCGCGCUCUAAUGGAAAAAAGAACAUAGAUCUCAGUUUUACACCAAAUAUGGCUGCAACAUAUUCUAAGGUUGUGUAAUCAAUUAACCAUACUUUUUAUUAUAAAAUCUGGUUGCAGACUUUGAAUAAUUUUAUUAUGAAAAUACUUUUGUCCAGUUAUAUGUGUUAAGCUGACUAUUUUUUGACGAUAUAUUUUCAUAGAAGUUUGUAAAAUACAGGUAAAAAUGUACUCUAUCUGAUUAUUAAAAAAUAAGUAAUUUUUUUUCAGUUUUUUUUUACACCAUUUUAACUUUUAACCAUUUAAACAUUUAUUUUUUGAACUUUUGUAAAAAGUUUUCUCUUGUAGAUUAUUUUACUAAUAUAAUUUUCAGGACUUUGCAAAUAAUUUUUGAUAUCAUUAGUUUUAUUGUUAGGUUUAUAAUUUUUAAUUCUUUAAAUUUUAAUGUUUUUUAUUCAAUAAUAAAAAGAAAGAGAAAGGAAGAAAAAAAUAAAGCAAAAAAUAAAAUUCUUUUUUCAAUGCAGUUCUUUAUUUUGCAGAAUUUUAUGAAAGACUUAUGAAAGAGGAAUAUUAUUGAACUUUUAUAUUUAUUUAUUUAUUGUCUUGGGAAUUAUUACAUUAAGGAGCAAUAGCAUUUGUUUAAACUAAAUCCAAAUCUACUGCAUUUAGUGAUUAAUUUUUUUACAAACAUUUGCCCUCCUUUAAUUUUUUUUUUUUUUUUUUUUUUUUUUGCAUUUUAAAAAAAGAUUUUUGUAUUUUUUUUUUUUUUUUGAACAAAAUUCGUUUAGUUUAGUUGCGGUUGACUAUUAUCAUAUAAAUACUAUAUCCAAUAUAUAUCUAUGUAAAUAUAUUCUGCUAUUUUUUGAAA